AGAGUGUGGAAUUGGCGCAAAAGUCACCACACGGAUGGGUCAUUUCUAGAAAGAGAAACUCACGUUUUCAUUGAGAAAUUUGACUCGGUUUUUCAUUGUACUUUUUUGUAUUUUUUAUUUUUCAUCCUCCCAUCUCUACAGAAGUGUAUUUUAACCAACUCUGCAGCGUCUUUUUUGUUUGAAAGUUUCGAGGGCGACAUACAAAGAUCGAAAUAAAGAAAGUAGAAUUUUUAGAAAAUGAGUUCAUCAGAAUCUGCAAACGGAAAAUCGUGUCCGAUUGAUCAUCGCGCGUAUAUGCAGCAGCAGCAACAACAACAACAACGGCCAGAAAUGCUGGAAAGAGAAAAUGGAAAUUGGUCUUCGUGGUUGAAGACGUUAUGGACGACGAGCGUUCCAAUGGAGCUUGCUCCGCCAUCGGUUGUUGCACAGCAUCGCGCACAAGAGUUGAAGGGCCAAGAAAUUCCGCCCGAAUGCCCUAUGCACUCUCAGCGUGAAGAAGCAAAUGAAAAAAGGGGACCUUCUACUUGGUUUCGAUGGUGUCAGGAAGGACCUGAAAGAAGAGGUGCAAGUGCAGCCGGUGGUGUUGACAUGAGAAACAUCCCUUCUGAAUGCCCAAUGUCGAAACAAGAAAAUGGCGGUGGAGAGAAAUCGUCAUGGUUUUCAUUUUGGAAGCCUACAGAAGUGAAAUCAUGGGACCAACGACAAGAACAAACACAAGUACCAGCACCGGCGCAAACACAAGGAUACCCUUCGGAAUGUCCAAUGUCACAAACCACGAGCAAGGCCAAGGAAAGCUGGUGGGGACGAAUGUGGGGAAAGCAAGAGGAAGAAUCUAUGGAGAUUAACCCGGACAAUUUGAUGUACAAGGAACUGUCGCAAAAGGCCAAGGAAGAUCAGGUGGUGGAUUUGGGAACGAAGCGGUCGACAAGCAGCAUUCCAAAAGCGGAUGGAGAUUUGUGGAAGUAUCCAUCGCCUCAGCAAAUGUACAAUGCGAUGUGGCGAAAGGGAUAUCGUGACAGCGGAGAGAAUGUGCCAAUGAUGGUGGAAAUCCACAACUUUUUGAACGAGGGAGCGUGGAAAGAGAUCCAGGCUUGGGAGCAGAUGAAUGGAGAAGGCACGGAUGCAAAGUUGUUGCGAUUUGAAGGAAAUGCUAGUAAAAAGAGUCCUCGAGCCAUGUGGUACAUGAUGCUUGGACGGGUAUUUCCCAGUCGAUGGGGAACCUAUGAAGGACCGUUUGAUCGACACGAUUGGUAUGUUCAACGAAAAGACAACCAAGUGAUUCGGUACGUGAUUGAUUAUUACGAAGCGCCCGACGAAGGUGGUCAACCAGUUUUUUCUCUAGACGUUCGUCCGGCGUUGGACAAUGUCGAGGCUAUGAAGAUGCGAUUUCGCCAUUGGCAGUCGAUGAGGCAGUAGAAUUGGUUUGAGUUGGCAAUUGCAUUAGAAGAGUGGUAGUAGGAGUAGUAAGAAGAGGAAGAAGAACAAUAAUAAUAAUAUCAUUCAUCAUCAUCAUCGCAAUAGCAAUAGCAAUAGCAAUAGCAAUUGUAGCAGAACGACAACG